CUGCAUUUUUCGUACUGACCCAACAGCGUACCCGCGCGUUUUCUCGCGGUAACUAUCAGCUGCAUACAAGGAGUCGGACAGACUGCACAUCAUGGGCAAGCGUGUCCUUGUGGAUGUCGAGAGAGGGAGGACAGUGAGGGGAUGGAAGCCGCGUCGACUGGGUGGCGGGUUGGGAGGCAGGCCCAAGCCGGAACCACCAGCGGCACCAUUCGUGGCGGCUCGCGGUGGCUUCCGGGGAGGCUUCCGCGGGGGUGACAGAGGUGGGUUCCGCGGAGGCGACAGAGGUGGGUUCCGUGGAGGCGACCGAGGUGGGUUCCGCGGCGGUCGUGGAGGCGGCUUCAGGGGUGGCUUUGGAGGAGGAGGUUUCAGGGAUCGCGACGACUUUGGCGGAGGUGGUCGCGGGGGCUUCGGAGGCGGCGGAGGAUUUAGGGGUCGCGGCGGAGGUAUCGGAUACCAAGGCGGCGGAGGCUUCGGUGGCGGCGACCAUGGACCAAAUGAAUACGGUGCCCCUCCCAAUGGGCCGGGAGGAUUCGACGGCCCUGGUGGAGGCUUCGGAGGCCCGCCCAGUGGCGGACCAGGUGGGUUUGGGCCGCCUGGCGGAGGAUUCGGUGGCGGCGGUGGAUAUGGAGGAGGGGGUGGGUACCGCGGCGACCUCAAACGCGAAGGCGGACCCGGAGGCUACGACGACCGGGACACGAAACGUCCACGGUACUAGGCCGAGACGUCAUGGCAAGCACGAUCGAUGCUGGUCAGGAGUUAGGAGCGCUGCAGCGCCCGCACUGGUGGACUUGAUAGGUGACAAUGAUCGAAUAUUCUGCGGCCCCU